AUGAAUACUUUUCAAAUAUCAUCAUCAUCUUUGUCUUCAAACGGAACCAAUGAUUAUUAUUAUCGGGUCCUGGCUUCAUUUGAUGAGGAGCAAGAUUUAUUGAUUCGCAUGUAUGCGAAUAAUAAUCACCUCUUGGCGGAGUUGGAUGACAAUGAGGACGACGAGGCCGAAUCAAGGCGUAGAGGAGCAGUUCUUGGCCAUAUAGUUAUUAAUCGUCCUCGACAAGAAGCUGGAUAUAAUCUAUACAUGGACUACUUUGUUGAGGUUCUGCGAUUCGGAGAAGCCAAAUUUCGCAGACAAUUUCGAAUGAGCAAAAGUUUAUUUCAUCAAAUUGCGGAAGCCGUCAAAGAUCACGACAAUUUCUUUGUGCAACACCGCGAUGGUAUUGGUAAGCUCAGAUUAUCAUCUUUGCAAAAAUUUACAGCUGUUUUUCGAAUGCUUGCAUAUGGUGUACCAGCUGAUGCUCUUGAUGAAUAUUUAAAAAUUGGUGAGUCUACUGCAAUUCGAUGUAUGAAAAGGUUUUGUCAAGCUGUUAUAGAGGUCUUUGGAAACCGCUAUCUAAGAACACCUAACGCUGAGGAUGUUGUGAGACUUUUGUAUAUAGGUGAAGAACGUGGAUUCCCUGCAGAAGGUAAAUCUCCUCCUGUUAAUUAUAAGAUUUUAGAAAAAGAUUAUGACAUCGGUUAUUAUUUAGCCGAUGGUAUAUAUCCUAAGUGGUCUACACUAGUGCAAACUAUUCAUGAUCCUCAAGGUCCAAAAAAAGUAUUGUUUGGCAAAAAACAAGAGUCGUGUCGGAAGGACGUUGAACGAGCAUUUGGAGUUCUUCAAUCACAUUGGGCAAUUAUCAAGGGACCAGCACGUUUUUGGAAUAAAUGUGUUUUACAUGAUAUAAUGACUACAUGCAUCAUAAUGCAUAACAUGAUAAUCGAAGAUGAGCGUGAUCUAAGUGCUCCAAUAAAUGAUUUCAAUCCAGCCCCUGCAUUAUCUGUUGAGUUGGUAACUAAUGAAACUACACAAUUCGAGGAGUUCCUUGCUCGACAUAGGAAAAUUAAAGAUAAGUCGGCUCAUAUUGUACUUCGUAAUGCAUUGAUCCAUAUAUGA